CACAGAAGUCGUUCAGUAACAACGUGAAUGUCUGAAAAGAACUCUGCUGCGGGACAGCGAACUGAGAUGAUGAAGCCAGCAGUGCAGGAACAAGAGAGUCUGUACCUGGAAGUGACCCCUCAAAAGGAAGAGCGCAGCCUUCCUCUCCACACAUCCAUAGUUUUGUUUCUUCUGUCUUACUGUGACUGCAAGGCCUUCCGCGUGUUUCUGGUUUCUGCUCGGGCAGGCGGUGGGCAGCCCUGGAGGGGCCUUGUGCCGGAGGCACUGGGAGCCACAGAAAUCCAGCCGCAGGAUGUGCCUGUGCUGGUGGGAGGCUGCCGCCUGCCUGCUGUGCUGGGAAGCGGUGGACGGUACUGCCAGGCCGGCCUGGCGGUGGUGCUGAGGCACAUCAUCAACAGAACCUGCAAGGAAGAUCCUGGGCGGAGGGACGUGUCUGCCCUGCUUGGGUUCAAGAAGACCUGCCUGAAGGCCUGCGCUGAGGUUAGCCAGUGGACCAGGCUGUGUGAGCUCAGUAUACCUGCAGCAGUGGAAGAGUUUCUAUGGCAGACCGCUGACGGGGACGCUAAGGUGCCCACUGCCAUCCUUCACCUGGAGAGGAAGCUGGGGGAACCCGUCAAGGUGCACAACGAUGACAAGAUCCGCCGGCAGAAGCUGCAGCUUCAGCAGGAGAGUAGCGCAAGCACCCACGAGCCCUCGGCAACUGAGAACCCACCCCCUCAGGUCUCUGAUGGGUUAGAGCUCAAAGCUGCCCUGGCCAAGCUGUCUGUGGGUGAAGUUCAGUCUCCAGCCACCAGGGGGCCCUCUGAUAUCAGGAAAGUGAAGACCACGGAGCUGCCUCCGCUAGAGCAUGUGUUUGCAGAGGGGUUAUACUUCACUCUCACAGAUGUGGUUCUGCUGCCCUGUGUGCACAGCUGUCUGAGGUCUUUUCAACAGCGUGCUGCGAGCGGGCUAACUCAGCUGCCCCUUCUGUGCCGCUGGUACCUCCGCGUCCAGGAAGUGCCCGGGGUGCGCCGGGCAGCAGAGGAUUGUGGGAUAGCUCUCUUCACUCCCCAGGCCCCAGAGCCGGGCCCCCAGGAGGUGGCGCCGCCGCCGUCGCCCGGCGAUUCGGAAGAAGAGGAGGGUGCGGGGAAGACGCAGGUGUCCUUCGUUGGGGGCCCCAGGCCCACCAUGACCAAGCUGAAAGAGAGUGGCAUCGAGGCGGUUUUCUCCCCUCACCCCUGCCCGUCCUGGACGCUCGACUGGGAGAGCCUGCCAGCGGCCGUCAACCCCACCGAAGGGAAAAUGUCAGACGCCCGGGCGGUGAGGAAGCGGCAACAGUUGAACAACCUGGUUGCCAUGGUGACGAGGCUGGCCCGACCUGGAGACAGGGUGGUGGAUUUCUGCAGUGGCGGUGGGCAUGUUGGGAUUGCUCUCGCUCACACCCUACCUGAGUGCCAGGUGGUGCUGAUUGAGAAUAAAGAGGAGUCGCUGGUGCGGGCUCAGAGCAGAAGCGCGGAGCUGGGCCUCAGAAACGUCGGCUUCAUCCAGGCGAAUCUGGACAAUUUCACUGGGCCCUUUAAAAUAGGGGUGGCUCUGCACGCGUGCGGCGUGGCCACGGACAUGGUGAUGGAGCACUGCGUGCGGGCGAGAGCCUCCUUCAUCAUCAGCCCCUGCUGCUACGGCUUCAUCCAGAACACAGUCCGCUUCACCUUCCCCAGGAGCAAGCGGUUCUUGGACACGUUGAGUUACAAGGAACACAUGAUUCUCUGCCGGUUUGCAGAUCAGACGGCCGUCCAGUUGCCUCCGGACCGACGCUUAAUAGGUAAGCAGUGCAUGGGCCUGGUGGACUUGGAUCGAUCCUGGACAGCAGAGGCUCAUGGGUACUGUGUCGAGGUGAUGACCAUGGAGCCCGACAGCUGCUCUCCGAAGAACAACAUGCUGGUGGGGGUGCCAGAAGGUCUCAGCCUUGCCUAAACCUCAUGAAGGUGGCUGGGGUCACAUUGGUGACAGUCCCAUGUGAAACACUUGUUGGACUUUGGCAAAAGGUUUGUGUUUCUUGAAGCACUGUAAGGUAUGGUCUUGAAGAUGCGUGUUCAAGGUAACACUGAAACCUCUAACAUUUAUAGCACAUCUCCCAAAGGUACAGAAAAUGAAAUCAGAAUCCAGAUAUGUGGGCAAAAAAAAAGGUUUUUAUUUGGUUUUUUAUAUGGCUUUGCUGAUUUCUCAUCAAGCCAAUGUCAGUUUAUUUCCAACCUUUGUUUUCUCUCCAGCUGAGUAUAUACAAUAAUGGAAACCCCAGCAUUCCAGCAUAUAGGUUGCUGUUGGCACUGGCAUUGCGGGGUCUCUGGGGCUCGAGUCCCUUGCUAACUCAGGUAUUUACUUGAAUAAAAAUAAUUAAACACAUAAAUUAAUACUUUGCCGUACCUGACCCACCUCAGAAUGUUGCAGUCUCAGCACCCCUGCUCACAGUAAGUAUUUGUCCUUGAUUUGGCACCCUGAAACGGUGAUUGGUUUAGCUACAGUCUAAUUUAACUUUGCAGUAUCGCUGACCUCCUGAGUGAUUUUAAUGGGUUUCUGCUCCUGGCAGUACCAUUCUGAAAGCGCAGGCAGGUGCCUCGGACCUUCUUGGUCCAGUGAGCAUCUGUAAUCCCAGCCCUAGCCCUCCUGUUAAUAGCGGGGCCUUUCCUGGGUGUUCUGUCUGGGUCUUCAUGCAUGGUGUAGCCUUUUGAACAAUAACGAAUGACAAUUACAUGGUUUUGCCACCUCUGGAACAGUAGUAGCGGUGGGGUCCCAUACAACUAUGUGUUCUGUGUACUACAAAAGGGGUCAUUUCAAACAUGCCAUUGCUAAUGUAGGCAGCUACAUCAUUUUUUUUUACAAUGUGGGUUUUAUCAUUCAACAAAUGUUGAAUUUUGUGAGCAAUGUAUCUCUCAGUGAGAAUG